CCCAUGGUGCAUCUAUGACCUUCACUGGGCGGAGAUUCAAGUGACAAGCAUGGCCGCCGGGAUGCUUACGAAAGCAAUCUGUGGACUCCGGUGCCCUCGCUUUGCGGCAGCUGCUCUGUCUUGCAGCAGCCAAUCCUACAGCACAGCAGCGUUACCAAAGGCAGUGUUGACACCAAGUGACAACACCGCUGACCAAAACAAACUCCUAAAUGUCCCGCUGAGCCACCCAGACUUCUUCCGAGUGUCUGAACUCUUCAGCUUGAAGGACCUGUUUGAUGCACGUGUUCACCUCGGGCACAAAAAGGGAUGUCGACACAGGCUAAUGGAGCCGUACCUGUUUGGAAGCCGGCUGGACACGGACGUGAUCGACCUGGAGCAGACGGUGCCUCACCUGCAGCAGGCCCUUAACUUCACGGCCCACGUGGCCUUCCGCGGCGGCAUCAUCCUCUUCGUCAGCCGCUACCGUCAGUUUGGCCACCUGGUGGAGCGCACAGCGCGGGAGUGCGGCGAGUACGCCCACACACGCUACUGGCAGGGUGGCCUGCUGACCAACGCCACCAUUCAGUACGGCCCUGGCGUACGCCUCCCCGACCUAAUCAUCUUCCUGUCCACGCUCAAUAACGUCUUCCAGACGCACGUGGCGAUCCGCGACGCGGCCAAGAUGAACAUACCCACCGUGGGGGUGGUGGACACCAACUGCAACCCCAGUCUCAUCACUUACCCGGUGCCCGCCAACGACGACACGCCCGCUGCCAUGGAGCUCUACUGCCGGCUCUUCAAGGUCACCAUCAACCGGGCCAAGGACAAACGAAAGCAGCUGGAGCUGCUCAAGGGCCUGGGGCCUUCCACCACAUCCAGUUGAACUCACCGUAGCCAACGAGUGACUUUGAACCAUCUAUUCAACGUAUGGGAUUGUAUGUUGGGAGUAUGUGAUAUGGGUCAUGUCAGUGUUGUACAAACAAGUCAGCACUGCAAACUUCACCACUCAACACCACACAGCCAAAGUCAAUAAUCAGCGUACGCCUAUCCCAAGUUAACAAUGUACUGGACUGCAGUUAUGGUGGAUGUGUGAAGAGAAUAAAGAGUUAUGUGUAAAGUAUAUUAAACAGUGUCUAAUGCCUAGUUAUUGUGUAAAUGUAUUUGGCAACUGGUACUAGUCUCAUGUUAAAAUUCUCUGCAUACUAUUCCCUGCCUAGGCAUGUGCACUUUUUAUAAUGUAGCUGGCUCAUUGGUGAAUGAAAAAGCAUUACUGGACAAAAUUAUGAUGUAUAAAAACUGUGAGGAUGAUUUAGUACCUGACUGCUGACAAUUUCAGACCUAUUUACCAUUAUUCACAGAUGCUGGGAAUAAAGCACUGCAUUAGCCUAUAUGAUAAUGGAAUCUUAAAACAACUGUAACAGUAGGCUUGGCUAAACUUGAUCAAUCGCCAUCUCAUUGACCACAAAUGCAAGCAUAAUGGUUACUGAAUGAAUACUAAUUUGUCAAGCAACAUGCAUGUGACUUGUGCGCACUCUUCAAGAUGUGGUGAAGUAGUCUGGAUUUACCUGACCACAUGAAUUACUUAUUAAUUCAAAAUGAAUGGUCUGGCCUGUUGGGCUAGAGGUGGGGCAGAAUGAAAGCCAUGGUCACUGCUAUAGACUGGCUCUAGUAUGCCUAUACUUGUUCUCCUGUAUGAGGUUUCUUGCUAUGUCUUCAAGAAGCAUGAAUGUUAUGUCUGAAGAAACAUAUCAAAACACAGUGGCAUAAUAGAAGACUGAGUAAUAUAUAAGCCAAAGGUGCUACAACAAGGUAGGCCUAGUUUAAGGGUGUGCAUAUUUAUGCAACCAUGUCAAUUUAAGUUUUUUAUUUUCUAUUCUUUCCCUUUAAAGCGUUGAGUUUGUUUUUCAAUUGCAUUGUGCAGGAUAAUAAUUUAGAUUUAAGUGGGAAAAAAUAUUUUUCUUUCUGACAUUUUUUUACCUAACAAGAACCUGGAAUUUGAACAAGGGUGUGUAGACUUUUUGAAGGCACUGUACGUGUAGUGGUGUUGCUUGGCAUACAACAAACACUGAAGCCUCCACCAUAUUG